AUGACAAACGAUACAUCUCCAAAUGUAACGGAAACUACAAAAGAGCCGGAGGUGAUUCUGAUGGAAAACUUGACCAGAGCAGUUCAACUCUAUGUCCCACCUGUGAUUAUUGUCCUUGGUGUGGUUGGGAACAUCCUAGCCUACAUGGUGAUGCGACAGCCACAAUAUGACCGUUCCUCGUCUUCAUACUUCAUGAAGGUGCUAGCCAUCCUGGACACAAUCAUUUUGGUGGUACGGUACCUCCAGAGAUACAUCUAUAUGGUAAAUCCGACCCUUGUGUGGGAGAAAAAUCAAAUUGCUACUAUUUUCUGUAAGGAGUUCUUAUUCAUUACGUUCUUUUUCAUGAAUUUGACCCAUUGGGUUUUGGCAGUGAUGGCUGUUGACCGUCUCAUUGGAAUUAUGUUCCCACUGAAGGCGCUCGUGUGGUGCUCCGUGAAGCGAUCUCGUGCAUAUAUCAUUGGUCUCGCCAUAGUCUUCGGUGUUGUCCAUUUUCCAGUUUGGUGGAAGGAGUAUGAUGAUAGGAGGGGAACAACAUUGCGUACACUUUGUCAGAUCAGUGGAAUAUUUGCCUGGUACAAUGAUGUGAAUGAAGACAUUUAUUAUUUCGGUGGAUAUUUCGCACCUGUCCUUGUCCUUCUUGUGGCAAACAUUGGAAUCGUCAUAUCUGUUAAGAAGUCUGGUAGACGGCGAAACACCAUGACAACAAAUAUGCAAGGAUACAACCAAAAACAAAAUGACAAGGAAAGGCACAUUCUAAUCAUGCUUAUGCUGGUAACUUGGGCAUUCAUUUUCUUCCUCCUGCCACUUGUUUGGGAUUAUUUCUUCUGGGAGGUUUGGAAGCCUCUGAAACUUGAGGGGAAAGUUGUUGCCAUAAGACUGAGUUUGUACGAGUGUCUUAGGGUUUGGCAGAUGUUCAACCAUGCAGCCAAUUUCUACCUGUACUGUUUGGGAUGUGAGCGGUUCCGCCGUCACCUCCAUAGGACAUUGUUCGGACACUGCUGCCAAGGACAAUCCUCUGAAGUCAAGACACUCAAAUACGUACGUAGUAUCUCGGGUUCUCUCGGGAAAGAUGUGUCUUAG